AUGGAUGGCAACUUCAAAGCUGAGCACUUGCAUGCCACAAAUCCCGAUGAUGAAGUAUACCUGAUGGAUGGCCGCGGCUUCAUGGUCGGCGAUUCCAUGUACAAGGAACAUCUUUCCAAGGCAAAGGACAAUGUUCAACGGUCCGAGUGCAACAACCACCGCGCUGUGAAUCAGGCCAAUGCCACAUGUCACGGAUUGGAAGCAAUGGGGAUCAGCGGAUGUGCCUGUGCAAGACAUGGCUGUUUUGUGCCGCAUGCAAUGGUGGAUUUUCAGAAGGGAGAAAGACAGAUGAACAUGGACUAUGCCUUGUGCAAGGCGUUGAAACACAAUGCCGAUGGCAUUCGGCGUGCGCUCACAUUCUAUGAUGUGAACUGCCAGUAUCAUAGAUAUCUGAAGGACCGCAUAGCCAACAGUCCUGUCCUAGACAUUUGCCAGGAGCUGGAGAUUAUUCCUGGGAUAGGCAGCUGCUAUGUGCGCUAUGCUUCAAAUUUUAUCGAAGGUGCGGGAAGAAUCGACGGCGAGAUCAUGGAAACCCUUUGGGCGCUAUUGUUCAAGCCAGAGAAGGUGGUCAUACCCAUGCCAUCUAAUAUGGGGCCCGCGAGAUGCGCCGAGCUUGGCGUCGCCGAUUUGAUUCACCAAGAAGUCACCCUAAGAGAGGGACAAGCCAACGAUGCACUGCACAGCAUCAGAGUGCACUUGGCAGAUAAGGCCAUCAUUUUCCGGAAGACUGUCAGGGUGGCAAAGUCACAAGCAACGUCUACUCGAGCUUGGGCUCAAGUUCAUUCGGUGGACAGGGCGGUCAGCUUGAAUGCGAGCAUAUAUUCCAAGUGCCGCUCUCAACUCGGUAAACUCGGUGCUGACAUUGGGUUACUCGAGAGGGAGGACCUCAAAGUCAGCACAGCUGUUGCCGAUCCGAAUGCAAGAGGACAGAGAAACAAUCAGUUGGCAUGGUUUUGGUCCAUGGACGUGGAGGGGGACUCUGAUAGCAGUGAUUGGCUGAAUGAAUUUUACCGUGUGCAUUGGCUCCGCACCAAGGCUCUAAGAGAUCGGUGGGUGGAAGAACUGCUGCUGGUGCAACAUGAAAUGAAUUGGACUUGUGACUUCUUUUUGCACAAAGCAGAGCAAUGGAUAUGCCUUGCAGCAAUCGCCAAGGAAGCUAGGAAGAUGGGACAUCUUGCCUAUGCAGGUGCAGCAGUGCAAAAUGUAUCAGCAUCUGAAUGA